CAAAUCUCAGUUUAUGACACAAGGAAAUGAAAACGGCAAUUUAGUCGUGCAACUCUUAUGCAACGGUGCGUUUGGACGAGGAAUUUUAAAGUUCCAUAUAAUGUAAGCUAUGUUUAUUUAGGAAAUUAGCCAUGCAGCUCUCAAAUUCUUAACAACAAAUAUCAACCAAUCCAACCGGAUCAAACACAUACACGACGAAAACUUGAGAGGUAAUCACUUUUGCCCUCCAUUAUCUCAUGGCAAUACCAUUCGUACUCCCCGUUUGUCAUCCCACACUCUCGUUAGAUACUAUUCAUACUCUUAGUUUGUCAUUCUGUACUCCCAUUAGUAGUUGUAAUAGUAGAGAGAGAUGGUUAAUUAGGGUUUAGAACAACCAUGAAUACCCCAUGACUGCCUUUAUUCCCCAACGGUCGUAAAAACUCAACCAAAAAGAGCAGCCUACGCCCUGCAGCCAGGCGGUGGACCAUCACGUGUAGGCCGUACACUAUCAGUGCAGAAUUAUUGCAUGCAUCUUUCUACGUAUAAGAAAUCAUCUCUCUUUUUCUAACUUUCUAAAUAUUCCCCAUACAAAAUCAUCAAAAUCUAAACUUUGUUAGUCGCUAUACACCAUAUAAGGAAGUAACAAAAUCCCAUGGAAGCUUUGUGGAAUUUAGAAGACAAGUGGAAGCUCUCUACCCAACAAGCAUUUCUGCUAUUAGUUUCCGCUGCGUUCGCCAUCGUCGGUCUUUGCAUGGUGGCAACGGUUUUGCUAAAGAAGGCUCAGAAGAAGCCGGAGGAGCAGAAGCUUGUGAUGAGCAGCCAGCGAGAGGCGGUAGUAGGUCAACCGAAAUGGUCUGAGCCGAGUUGUGGAUGGGGGUCGAUAAAGAGGGCGUUGGUGAGCUCGGUGCGGUGGAGCAGAAGGAGCAAGUGGGAGGAGAGGAGGGGCGGGAGCUGGAGAGAGACGCCACGGCCGCUGCUGGACAAAAGGGUUGAGGUUGAAGUGGGGUGGCGGAGCCAUAACUCGGAUUCUCCUGUGUGGCAGAGGCCUAUACUUAUGGGGGAGAAAUGUGAGCUUCCGAGGUUCAGUGGGCUUAUUCUCUAUGAUGAAAGAGGUCGGCCUCUGUGUGACUCCCACAAAGAAACCAGAAACCAGGUAUAAUUCAUCAAUCUAGUAAUUUUCCUUUGAAUUUAAUUUUUGGGGUUACAAACCUUUUUGUCACUCUGUUUAUACCUAAAAUUUAUUUUGGUCACUUAAAAACACAGUGACCAAAAUCGACUUUAGGUAUAAACAGUGACCGAAAGGAAUUUUUUUUUCCCUUAUUUUUGCUGGGAACAUAGAUUUGAUAGUUGAUAAGAAUUUCACAAUCUUUUGCAUGUCAAAGACUACGAUAAGUUGUUUUAUGCACAUUGGUAACCACAAGAUAAUUUAAACAUCAUUGGCAUGGUGAAGACCAUGUUUAGGCAUCAUUUGGUUUUUGUAACCGGAUUGAACUUAACAAUUCACUAGAUUCAAAGUACGUUUAAGAUAGAAAUAAAUGUUAAUUUUCAAAAAUUUGUCUAAAUUUACGGAUUAGUCAUCACAAGUUCGCAUCUAUUUCUUCCUUUUAACAUAUGCUGAAUCUAAUGAGUUAUCCAAUCUUAAGCACUAAUGCGACCUAAAUGGCCUAGACGAAAACAGAUGAAAUUUCUAAUCCUUUAUGAAACCAUUUUUGGAUAAUCAAAAUUUUGGUGGGAAGGAUCUUGCCUUGUAUACAAGAUUUAGAGCAUAACUGUACAACCCAAAACCAAUUGCCAAUGAGUGUAGAGGCUGAAGAUCUUUUAAGCGCUUAUAGGAAAAAUUCUCUCUCAAAUUUGGGAUACCCAUAACAUAGCAUAUGCACAAAACACAAUUCUAUGGCCCAUUUGGUAUAGAGGAUUUGAUUGGAAUAGAAAGGAACUAUUUUGAAGGUAUGUUAAAGGAAGAAACGAAGAAAAUAUAACCAACUUAGAGGUUGGAGAUGGAUUUCUUAACAAAAAAUACUUAAUUCCAAUUGGCCCCAAAAUUGUAGGUUUAGGAGAGAAAGAAUUUCCUUCAUAUCUAAUCCCCUUUUAAUCGCCUAAAAAUGAAUAAUCAUUCUCCUCCACCUUCAAGUUGCCUUGACUUCAAGGUUAUCCAUCCCAAUCUAAUCCUCUAUAACAACCAAGACCUAUAAAUUACGCAAAUCCAGCCAAAACACGGAGAUUUAUCUAAAGCUUUGUAUAAAUUUAGACCCAAGAGAUGCUUUCUUGUUAUCGUAUGUUGCAUCUUUCUCAAUCAACAUAUUUUUUUUGGUUUGAUGUACAGGAUAAGACUGCUGGUGUUGGCAGAACAACUUUGAGGGACUUGCUGUAGUUUUUCUAACAGAAAUGCUUUUAAAGGGAUUUACCAAAACAAAGUGGUAGCUACCAGUGAUGUGCAUCAUGAAGUUUUUGUAUACAAUGACAGAGAAACAGUCAAUGUGCAAAUAAAGGAAUGCACGAUCUCUUCUCGCUUCAUCUGCCAUAUUUGAAUCAAGAAAUGUUAUUGGCACUCCAAAAUACUCAUUCUGAACUCAUCCCUAAAGAAAAGACGAGGAAGGAAGGAGUGCAGAAUAACUACUUUCGAGUGCUAAUUUGAUGAUCCAUAGAAAUUCCCAUGUUCAAAAUUAAUCUCCCUUUCCCAAUGCAUGUGCAAGAAAAUCUAUAAACUCCAUUAGUUAACCAACAAAUAUCUUAGAAAGCUUGGCAGUAAAGAUAUCGAAGAACUUGUUUAUGCAGAAUUAUUGCUAUCAGCUAAUCUAUGCAGAUCUUAAUGUCCCUUUCAGUCUAAUUAAAACUUUCCAAUCACAGCCAACUAAUGCCUCAAGUACCUAAGCUUGCAACUCACGUUUCUUUUAAGUCCUCCCGUGUUUCUUCGGAAUAGAGGUUUCUAAUGAAGGCAGUUGGUAUUUCUGAUAUGUUCAGAUGGUUUGCUAGAAUGUUUCU